UGAACAACAAAGAAAAAGUAUUAUGUGAAUGUUUUAAAAUUAAGAUUAAAGGACAAAAAAGCACAGCCUCAAUGACACAGUGAGAAUAGAGCUUUAUUGCCGAUAACAUCCUGAGGGCACUUACCCAUCAUUCACUAUGACACUGAUAGUGAACCCUCCCAUCACUGAGUCCAAGAUCAUGAACUUGUUCAGCUAGAUUCCUGUCAGAAACUCCACUGCUGCCGUUGACUGCCGUCUCUGCUCUAACAGAGAAAAAAGAUGCAGAUUUUUGUGAAAACCCUGACGGGUAAAACCAUCACCCUGGAGGUGGAGGCCAGCGACACCAUCGAAAAUGUCAAGGCCAAGAUUCAAGACAAAGAAGGAAUCCCUCCGGACCAGCAGCGUCUGAUCUUUGCAGGGAAGCAGCUGGAGGACGGACGCACCCUGUCGGAUUACAACAUCCAGAAAGGUCAGCGGCUCUUUGUCGCCUGGUCAUGUCGCGGCCGCUUCGCUCUUCAUCGCUGUCUGUCCGCAGAGUCCACCCUGCAUCUGGUCCUGCGCCUGAGAGGCGGCGUCAUCGAACCCUCUUUGAGGGUACUGGCCCAGAAGUACAACUGUGACAAGAUGGUCUGUCGCAAGUGCUACGCUCGCCUCCAUCCGCGCGCCAGCAACUGCCGCAAGAAAAAAUGUGGCCACACCAGCAACAUCCGGCCGAAGAAGAAGCUGAAGUAACUGACUGGAGUCACUGAUAGAACCAAUAAAACGGUUGUCUCAC